AUGAGGGUCUCCGCCACCUCCCUCAUCCUCCUCGUUCCCUUCUCCCUCGCCGCCUUCACCCACCCAGGCCUCCUCCACACCGCCUCCGAGUUCACAUUUGUCGCUAGCAAAGUCGCCUCCGGCGCCCAACCAUGGACCACGGGCUUUGCUAAACUGACGGCCAAUUCCCACUCGGCCUCCACCUACACGGCCCGGCCCGUAGCCACCGUCUACCGCGGGGCCAGCAGCCUCGGCACCGAGAACUACUCCCUCCUCUUCAACGACAUGGCCGCCGCCUAUGCGCUCGCACUGCGCUGGAAGAUCAGCGGUGACACCACCUACGCCGCCGCCGCCGCCGCCGUCAUCGACGCCUGGUCCUCCACGCUCACCGAGAUCUCGGGCAGCUCCGACAAGUUCCUGGCGGCGGGCCUGUACGGGUUCCAGUUUGCGAACGCGGUCGAGAUUCUGCGCGGGUACAGCGCCUGGACGGGGUUCGCGGCGGCGAAGGAGGUCCUGCUGGACGUCUUCUACCCCAUGAACCGCAACUUCCUGCUCAACCACAAUGGCGCGGCCAUCGACCACUACUGGGCCAACUGGGACCUGUGCAAUAUCGCGAGCGCGAUCGCCAUCGGCGUGGUCGCCGACAACCAGACCAUCUACGACGAAGCCAUCGAGUACUUUUACCACGGUGCCGGGAACGGCGCGAUCGAGAAUGCCAUCUGGAAGGUGUACACGGGCGCCGAUGCCGGGCUUGCGCAGCUGCAAGAGAGCGGGCGCGACCAGGGCCAUACAAUGCUCGUGGUGGGGAUGCUGGGGACGAUUGCAAAGAUGGCGGGCAGCCAGGGCUUGGACCUGUUUGGGUACCUGGACAACCGCAUCCUCAAGGGCGCCGAGUACGCGGCAAAGUACAACCUGGGCAACGACGUGCCGUACACGACCUAUACCAACAGCGACGUGACGCAGACGGUGAUUGCGCCCGCGAGCAGGGGCGACAUCAGGCCCAUCUGGGAGCUGCUGUACAAUCAGUAUGCGAAGAAGAAGGGGCUGGCCGCGCCGUGGACGACGCAGUAUGCGGCGCUCGUCAGGACGAAUGGGAGCGGGUCUGAGGGUGGCGGAGGGAACUAUGGCCCGAACAGUGGCGGGUAUGAUCAGCUGGGGUAUGGGACUUUGAUGUUUUCUUUGUAG